CUUUCUCUUUCUGUUGCUCUUUCUAAGGAAGUUUUCUGCUUUUCUAGGACAACUAAAAGACAUUGUACUUUAUAUGAUGGACAACAUUCCACUCUCUCAGGAGUAUGUCAUAUUCCAAUGGCUGAGCCAUUCUGCACCAAAACCAGAGAGGUUCUUAUUGACACUGCCAAGAAGCUGGGGCUCCAGUGUCAUUCCAAGGGGACAAUGAUCACAAUUGAAGGCCCGCGUUUCAGCACUCGAGCAGAAAGCUGUGUGUUUCGCAGCUGGGGAGCUGAUGUUAUCAACAUGACUACGGUGCCUGAAGUGAUCCUUGCGAAGGAAGCUGGAAUGAGUUAUGCUAGUAUUGCCAUGGCAACAGAUUAUGACUGCUGGAAGGAACAUGAAGAAGCAGUUUCAGUGGAUAAAGUUUUAAAGACGCUGAAAGGGAAUGCAAAUAAGGCUACAAGCAUAUUCCUUACUGCUAUACCUCAGAUAGGCUCCAUGGAAUGGACCGACACCCUGCACACUCUGAAAACAAUGGUGCAGUGUUCAGUCAUCCUGCCAAAGCAGUAACAACCUGGAUGGACCUUGAAGUUUCAGGGCUUUCAAGGAAGAGUGAAUCACUUUCGAACUUUCAGAGGUUACAAUAUCUUCAAAAAAUGUUACAAGCUUAAAAGAAUGGACUAAACAUUGACCGAUGACCAUGUGUAAGGCUGCUGUUAAAAUCUUUGUCAGUUUGAUCACAUACAAGAUGGUUAAAAUUAAAUUUUGAGUAUGUUUUCAACUAUAAAUAACCCUACUGACAAACUGUAUCCAACAGUGGUCAGAGAAAAAAAGCCAGUAUCCUCUAAUCAGUGGUACCUUUUAACUGAUGGUAAAAAGGAAAGUCUAAGUGAUAUUUUUGUUGCAGUUUCAUAAAAUAAGAUCUAAGAAAGCAGAUUCAUGGGCUAUUUGUAUUGCUGUUUCUACCUCCCAUAUUUUCCUUCAAAAAGGCACAUGGUUACAAUCAACUUUGGAAAGUUAACAGAAACAUAACAGAAAAGCUGAACAAACAAUUUCAAAUCAAAAUGAUACUAUUUUUAUACAUUAUCCAUAUUUUUAUUCCAGUGAUUUUUUUUUUGAAUCAGUGUAUUUGUUUUGUGUGCUAGAAGACAUGAUUUGAUAAUUGUGGUGGUUCUGUCACAGCAGCAGUUGUGUCAGUGUUGGAGACUGAAGUAAUGCCUAAACUAAAUUUGUGCCUGAAGAUGUACUUAUGUGAUUACAGAACUGUACAGAAAAAGUACUUUGCUGACAGUGUCUCAAACACUCUGCUGGCCAUUUCUGCUUCAUCGAACAGCUCUAAUUUUAGUUCCUGUAUUAAGUGAUGAAUGUGCUCGAGUGGAUUGAAUGUAUGCAUUUCAAUUUUUUCAAUACAGUUUUAUUUUAAUAAAAUAAUCUGCUACUUCUUGUCUAGUAAAUAAAAUGAAUGAAACGUAUGGUUCUCCAAGAUGUGUGGAAA